AGCUGUUGGAGUAUUCUCAUCACUAGAUGAGAACAAAGAAUUAGAAGGCCUGGAGCAGGAAUCAAGUUCAAACUGCAUCAUGAAUGCAUCAAGUCAUGAGUCUGAUGAAACAUCUGCUUCUGAGUCUAUACAUGAAUCCACAGCAGCUAGUGAAGGAACUUCAAGUCCUCAGUAUCAAAUAUCUACUCCUAACACAAGUGACAUGAUUACAAUGAGUAUAGCAGAUUUGUUGAUCUUUUGUCAACAAAUGACACAUCAGAACACUUUAAAUAUCAACAAUGAUACACCUGCAGAUGAUUUCAAAUCUCAGAUCUGUGAAUAUCAAAAGAAUGUCCAAAGAGUUAUAGAUACUAAGACUAUUGAUGUUGAAUAUGCAGUGUCUUUGACAGAAGAAUGUCUCAAUGUCAUAAAGAAGCUGACUACUCUACAUGUCAACAAUGAUUAUUUGAUAUUUCAAAGAGGAUUCUGCUACUUAGUUACACAUUAUAAGAAACUGAUGAACAACUCAGAGGACUUCUAUCAUGAUCUUUUCCUUAUUGAUUUGAAAAAACAUCAAAAGUCUUUUGUUAAAACAUGUUUGAAUGAUUUCUACAUCACUGACCAGGACUCUAUUAAAAAUAAUGAUAUUGAUAAUCUCAUGAAGCAGUUAAUGAAUUGUAUGAGCAAGUUUAAUGAAUGUCUCAAACCUUCAUGA